AUGCUCCGCGGCCAGACCCUCCCCUGGAGAGCUGCGCUCCACCAAACACCUCGUCCUUUGCUUCGUCGAACGAUUCUCUCCAUCCCAAGGAAUAAUGCGACGCUCCGGUCCUCGCCGCUCUUGAACCGGGCACCCCGAUCCCCUCUCUCCGCUCCCCGCACCUUCUCCUCAAGCUCAAUCGCCCGGAGAGAGAAGCCUCCAUCAGACGACCCCAAGGACGAUGUCGACCAGAAAACGGAGGACGAGUCGAAUAAAGAAUCUCAGGAUGCUAAGGAUGCCGAUAAAAUCCCUGAACCACGGAAGAAGUCGUCGGAACAGACAGGUCCCGCACGGAAGAAGGACCGAACAUCCAACGACAAGGAACAACGUGGGCUAGAGGAGGAUGCUAAGAAGGAUGCCAAUGCAUCGGAUGGCAAGGGUGAUGCGAACAAAUCUCCAUCUCCCAUUCCCCCGAACAGUGGCCAGGCAGACUCUAAGCCCAGUUCUGCAAGUGGUGGUGGUUCUGGUGGAAAUGACGACGGUGGAAAGAAGGGAAAGAAGGGCUCUGGGGACAAGGCUCUACAGAAACCGGCGGUGCCGGAUGUAUACCCUCAAGUGAUGGCAAUUCCCAUUGCCAAGCGUCCUUGUUCCCCGGCAAUCACUAUCCGAGACCCGAAUGUUGCCGCUGCUAUUCAGGAUAUGAUGAAACGCGGGCAACCUUACGUGGGUGCCUUUUUGUUCAAGGAUGAUAAUGCGGAUGGCGAUGUCAUUGAGAACAUGGAUGACGUGUAUGAGACCGGUGUGUUUGCCCAGAUCACCGCAGCAUAUCCACUCCGUGGAGAGGCUACUGGUGUGACGGCUGUGCUAUAUCCCCAUCGCCGCAUUAAAAUCUCGGAAUUGCUCCCACCUACGACCCCGAAGAAAGAAACCGAAACGCCAGAAAAUGAAACCGAGAAGAAGGGAGACGUUGUGGCUAGUUUCGAGGAAGGGGCCCCGGAAAAUGCGCCCAAAUAUCACUACGAGCCCACUUCUUUUCUCCGGAAGUAUCCCGUCAGUCUUGUUAACGUCGAGAAUCUUGCGGAGGAGCCAUUCGAUAAGAAGAGCCCAAUCAUUCGCGCGGUCACCAGUGAGAUCGUGAAUGUGUGCAAGGAAAUCGCUACCUUGAACCCUUUGUUCCGCGACCAGAUCUCAGCCUUCUACACCGACCAGUUCCCUGGAAACCUGAGUGACGAGCCUGCCAAACUUGCAGAUUUCGCUGCCGCAGUUUCAGCGGGUGAGCUGAAGGAGAUGCAAGAAGUUCUUGAGACCAUGGAUGUUGAAGAACGUCUUCCAAAGGCACUCGUUGUUCUGAAGAAGGAGUUGAUGAACGCUCAGCUACAGUCCAAGAUCACCAAGGACGUUGAGGCUAAGAUCCAAAAGCGCCAGCGUGAGUAUUGGCUCAUGGAGCAAAUGAAGGGGAUCAAACGGGAACUUGGUAUUGAGUCAGACGGCAAGGAGAAGCUGGUAGAGAAGUUCAAGGAGAAGGCAGAGAAGCUUGCUAUGCCCGAGGCUGUUAAGAAGGUCUUCGAGGAGGAACUCAACAAAUUGGCCCACCUUGAACCUGCUGCGUCGGAGUUCAACGUUACUCGCAACUACUUGGACUGGUUGACCCAGAUUCCUUGGGGCCAGAAGAGCGUUGAGAACUUUGGAAUUAAGAAUGCAGUGACUGUUUUGGACGAGGACCACUAUGGUUUGAAGGACGUGAAGGACCGAAUCCUUGAAUUCAUCGCUGUCGGAAAACUGCGCGGAACUGUGGAAGGAAAGAUUCUCUGCUUUGUUGGUCCCCCGGGUGUUGGAAAAACAAGUAUUGGCAAGUCGAUUGCCCGCGCCCUGAACCGACAAUACUACCGCUUCUCCGUGGGUGGGUUGACAGAUGUUGCCGAGAUCAAGGGUCACCGACGUACCUAUGUCGGUGCUCUUCCUGGCCGCAUCAUUCAAGCGUUGAAGAAGUGUCAAACCGAGAAUCCCCUGAUUCUUAUUGAUGAGAUUGACAAGAUUGGCCGUGGCCACCAGGGCGAUCCUUCUUCUGCAUUGCUGGAACUGCUUGAUCCCGAACAAAACUCCUCCUUCCUGGAUCACUAUAUGGAUGUCCCAGUGGAUCUAUCCAAGGUCCUCUUCGUCUGCACAGCCAACCUCACUGAUACCAUUCCUCGUCCAUUGCUGGAUCGAAUGGAGCUCAUUGAGCUUUCCGGCUAUGUUGCAGACGAAAAGAUGGCAAUUGCUAAGCGCUACCUUGCGCCAGCCGCUAAGGAAAUGACUGGUCUGGACAAUGUCAACGUCAACCUUCAGGAUGAGGCUAUUGAGGAGUUAAUUAAAUCAUACUGCCGGGAGAGUGGUGUCCGCAACCUGAAGAAGCAAAUUGAGAAGGUCUACCGUAAGGCAGCAUUCAAGAUUAUUCAGGAUCUGGGCGAGGAGGCUCUCCCGGAGGAGGAUGCCCUCACCGAGGAGGGUAAGGCUGCCCAAGCAGAGGACAAGGAACAUGAGUCCUCCGACCCUGCCCAAGCGCCGAUCGAACCCGAGAAAUCUACCACUGAAACUCCUCGCUUGGGCCUCAAGGUUCCCGAUGAAGUCACACUUGAUAUUGGCAAAGAAUCCCUGAAGGACUACGUCGGACCCCCCAGUAUUCACUGCCGACCGCCUUUCCCUCCUGGUGUCACCAUGGGUCUCGCAUGGACCAGCAUGGGCGGAGCGGCGCUGUAUGUUGAGUGUAUCCUGGAAAGUGUCCUGAACCACCGAUCGCGACCAGGACUUGAUAUUACCGGAAACCUGCAAAAUGUGAUGAAGGAGUCGACACAUAUUGCUUACUCGUUUGCCAAAUCUCUCAUGGUUAAGCAAUUCCCCGAGAACGAAUUCUUUGAGAAGGCCAAGGUUCAUCUCCAUUGCCCUGAAGGAGCGGUUCCCAAGGAUGGUCCCUCGGCUGGUAUUACAAUGGCCAGCUCGCUCCUUUCUCUCGCCUUGAACCACUCCCUCGACCCGACCGUGGCCAUGACUGGAGAGUUGACGGUGACCGGUAAGGUGAUGCGCAUUGGUGGGCUUCGAGAGAAGACUGUCGCCGCUCGCCGUGCUGGUGCAACCAAGGUUAUUUUCCCUGCGGAUAACUUGUCUGACUGGCUGGAGUUGCCUGCGAAUAUCAAGGACGGUAUUGAGGGCCACCCAGUUUCUUGGUACUCCCAGGUUUUCGACAUCCUAUUCUCCGACUUGGACCAUGAUGGUGCUCGCCAGAUCUGGCAGAAGUCACUGGCCAAGCCAGAGGGCAAGAAGGGCGAGCAUGAGGGUGAUGAGUGA